ACCGCUAGACAGUCCACCCUCCGCCCUCGCGCCUCCAAAACCCUUCCCACCCCAACUCCUGCUCCCCGCCUCCGCCUCCUAGGGUUCCCGUCGCCGCGCCGCCGCGGCCAUGGGCUCCUCGCUCCCGGCCAAGGAGGCCAACCUCUUCAAAGUCAUCGUCAAAUCCUACGAGACAAAGCAAUAUAAGAAGGGCCUGAAGGCAGCAGAUUCCAUUUUAAAGAAGUUCCCUGAGCAUGGCGAAACCUUAUCAAUGAAAGGUUUGACGCUAAAUUGUAUGGACCGGAAAUCUGAGGCUUAUGAACUUGUUCGCCGCGGAUUGAAGAAUGAUCUGAAGAGUCAUGUGUGCUGGCAUGUCUAUGGUUUGCUUUAUCGAUCAGACCGAGAAUACAGAGAAGCCAUAAAAUGUUACAGAAAUGCUCUGAGGAUUGACCCAGAUAACAUAGAGAUUCUACGUGACCUGUCACUUCUCCAGGCACAAAUGAGGGAUUUGUCUGGCUUUGUUGAGACUAGGCAACAACUUUUAACAUUGAAGCCAAAUCACCGCAUGAACUGGAUUGGUUUUGCUGUAGCUCACCAUUUAAAUUCUAAUUCUUCCAAGGCAAUAGAAGUAUUGGAGGCAUAUGAGGGGACACUGGAAGAUGAUUAUCCCCCAGAGAAUGAGCGAUAUGAACACAGUGAAAUGCUUCUGUAUAAGAUUUCAUUGUUCGAGGAAUGCGAGAUGCUGGACAGAGCUCUUGAAGAGAUGCACAAGAAGGAGAGCAAAAUCGUUGACAAGCUAUCAUUCAAAGAACAAAUGGCCUGCAUUUUGUUGAAACUUGGCCGUUUUGAGGAGGCUGAGAAAAUAUAUAGGUCCCUGCUUUUCAUGAAUCCUGAUAACUACAAGUACUUCAUAGCUGUUCAAAAGUGCCUUGGUCUGUACUCAGGAAAUGGUCAGUAUUCCGCUGAUGACGUUGACCGAUUAUCCGCAUUGUAUAAAUCACUUAAGGAAGAAUAUGGUUGGUCAUCGGCUGUUAAGCGGAUACCCCUUGAUUUCCUGGAGGGCGAGAAAUUUCAGGAGGCAGCAGAUAAUUAUGUCAGACCCCUAUUAACCAAGGGAGUACCGUCAUUGUUUUCUGAUCUUAGUCCAUUGUAUGAGCAAUCCGGCAAGGCAAAUAUAUUGGAGGAAUUGUUUCUGAAGCUAGAAGAUUCAAUUAGGACUAAAGGAUGCUUCCCUGGAAGUCCGCAUACGGAACCACCAUCCACACUCAUGUGGACUCUAUUUUUGAUCUCCCAGCACUAUGACAGAAGAGGCCAGUAUGAUGUUGCUCUUGAUAAGAUUGAUGAGGCUAUUUCACACACACCAACUGUAAUUGAUUUAUACUCAAUAAAGGGGAAGAUAUUGCAGCAUGCUGGCAAUUUCUCAGCGGCUGCAGCAUUAGCAGAUGAAGCUAGGUCAAUGGAUCUUGCCGAUCGUUAUUUAAACAGUGAGUGUGUUAUGCAAAUGCUCCAAGCUGACCAGGUUGGGCUAGCUGAGAAGACUGCUGUGUUGUUUACUAAGGAUGGCGAUCAGCACAAUAAUCUCCAUGACAUGCAGUGCAUGUGGUAUGAGCUCGCUUCUGGUGAAAGUUACUAUCGUCAAGGUGAUCUUGGCAGGGCUCUCAAAAAUUUCUUGGCUGUUGAGAAGCAUUACGCGGACAUGACUGAAGAUCAAUUUGACUUCCAUUCAUAUUGCCUACGGAAAAUGACACUGAGGGCAUAUGUUUCUAUGCUGAAGUUUCAAGAUCGCUUGCAUGCACAUGAAUACUUCCACAAGGCUGCAGCAGGAGCUAUCAGGUGUUAUAUGAAAUUACAUGAUUCACCAUCGAAAUCAUCCACUGAGGAGAAUGAUGAGAUGUCAAAACUACCACCUGCUCAGAGGAAGAAACUGAGACAAAAACAGAAAAAAGCAGAAGCUCGUGCCAAAAGGGAGGCUGAAGAGAAGCAGGAGGAUGAGGCAGCUUCAUCGAACACAAAAUCUGGGAAGAAACAAAACGCAAGACCAGUUGAUUUGGAUCCACAUGGUGAAAAAUUAGUGCAGAUUGAAGAUCCACUUGCUGAAGGAACGAAAUAUUUGAAGCUUUUGCAGAAUAACUCGUCAGACUCACUGGAAACUCAUACACUUUCAUUUGAACUCAACAUGAGAAAACAAAAGAAUUUGCUUGCUUUUCAGGCGGUCAAGCAGCUCAUUAAGUUGGAUGAAAAUAACCCUGAUAGUCAUCGUUGUCUGAUAAGGUUUUUCCACAAGAUAAACAAUCUUCCCUCUCCAGGGACAGAUUCUGAAAAACUAAUUUGGAACGUUUUGGAAGCUGAGCGCCCAGAUAUAAGGCAGUUGCAUGGGAAGUCUCUUGUUGAAGUAAAUAGAAGUUUCCUUGAAAAGCACAAUGCUUCGUUGAUGCACAGAGCAGCAGCAUCUGAAAUGAUGUACCUCUUGGAGCCAGAUAAGAAGCUCGAGGCAAUCAAGUUAAUUGAAGAUUCAGUAAACAGCACAGCAUCAGGAAACAGUAUUCUUGGUCCUGUGAACGAAUGGAACAUUCAAGAUUGUAUCGAUGUGCACAAAUUGCUGGAGACAGUCUUUGGUGAUCAGGAUGCAUCAAACCGCUGGAAGGCACGAUGCGCUGAAUACUUCCCAUACUCAACCUACUUUGAAGGCAUUAAGAGUGCUAGUGCAGCCUACUGUUCUGUUAUCAGUAGUGUUGAGGAUUCAUCAGAAAAUGGAGUUGUGGCAAAUGCUCAAGUGAAAACAGCAGAUGGAGAAACAUGCACUUUGAAUGGAACCGUGCAUAUUGUGGAUGAACUGAGUGACCUAAGCAUUAGGUAAUGCGUCAUAUGCAGGUACCUGGUUACAGUUGGAACAAAACACAUUUUAGUGCCAGUGCUUAUUUAACCAGAGUGCACACAGGAAAAAAGAUCUAGAGAGGAAGUGCUAAGCUGCAAAGAGGAUCUUCUUGAUGCUUUUCAUUUGGAAGUAUAUUAUUGAUUAGGAGCUGAGAUCUCUUCGUUCUUUGGCGAUUUUCUCGGUUCCAGCAUGUACCUUUUCGUUGUCAUCUUGUAGAUGGUGAAAGGAUAACCUUUCAUCCCAAUUCCCAUGAGGCUUUGCCGGGGUUUGCUGCCUGGCUACAUCAGGGUGUGCCAUUCUUUUGAAGCAGCGGAUCUUGAAUUUGUUGCACGGUUGGUUUUUUCAGUCGCUCUCUCGUUGGACUGCAAAAAUUUUGGCAUAAAACAGGUAUAAUCUCAAAACUUUUUUUUUUGUGAAAUCAAGAAUAUGUUCUUUGCAAUAGUUGAAUGUACUUGGGGUUGCCCUAUUCCCCGCUUUUGCAACUUUUUUGGUCCAUGUCGUUGUAAAUUAGUUAACUCGUCACGGACAUUGAUAUUGUAUUCCCCGCUUGUCCUGACAAAUAAUGAUCAAUCUAUGUUUACCCUGGGUGUUUCAAAAUGUGCAAUGCGUUAAAAGGGUAUACAUCCACAUUCAAUCAGGCGACUUGUUUCUGGAUGUUA